AUGUAUAAGGACUUAUCAAUUCUCGAUAAGUUAUGGUACUGGAAUUUUGAGGCGUUUUUAAAUAAGUUUACAUACUUUUCGGAAGACAUAAAAAGAAUACUAACUGUAUGGACAGCAGAAGUUGGUUAUCCUAUGUUACAUGUAAAACAAGUCAAUGAUACACAGGUAGCAAUAUCUGUCAUAGACUGUUUUACUGUUGAUCACAAAAAGCAGUGCGAACUAAAUUGGUGGAUACCUGUGACUGUUAAAAGACUACCACUGACAGAAAGAUAUCGCGUCAAUUAUGACCGAAAAUCUUGGAAGCACAUUGCUUUUUUCUUAAAAAAUGGAGAUUUUAAGAUCGCAAAUGUACAUGACGUCUCUAUAGCACAAAUAGUAGACGAUGCUUUUUAUUUUUUGGUGCAAAAUACAAAAUAUAACGACAAGUCUACUUCAGAUAAUAGUGAUCUAGACAUAUAUCUUGAAAUUGCAAGCAGUAUAUUUCAUGCAAACAAUUCCUACAUAAUGUGGUAUCCUAUAUUUUUUGCUCUUGAAAACAUGUCGAAGAUUUUUCCGUUUCGAGAAACUGUGGUUACCAGAAACAUCAAGGUAAAGCUUCUGAUAAUAUUGAUUAGAUUUCUUGAUAAUAUAUCAUAUACACAGUGUUCGGAAAAUAGUAUCAAUAAUCAAUUGUAUCAUGAAGUUUUAAAAUGGACAUGCAUUAUUGGUGAUUUGAAAUGCAAAGAAUAUAUUAAUGGAAUAUUAGAGUGGCAUUUUAAAAAUCCUGCACAAAACAAAAAAUACGAGGAUAUGUAUAAUUUUCUUUAUUUUCUUACUCGUAACUUUCUACCAACACCUGGAAGUAGUUUAACUGCAAACACAAAUAACACUCGAAAUAUUAUAACUGCAAAGAAAAGUGAUACUAUUACUGUACUUUUCACUAUUUUGUCUUUGCAUUCAAAAAAUGAUUCAGCGCUAAAUGAGAUAGGAUUUGGAUUAGAAUCUGGAAUAGUAAGAGACGUGAACAUACUACCAAUAAUAAAUUGUAUUAUUAACAACAUAUAUUCAAACUACGACUUGUCGAUGAUUACUAACGAAAUGUUCUUACAGAAAGUGGUGCAUAUAUACAUGAUAAAGGAACCAUAUGUUCUCGAUGCUAUUAAAGAAAAAGUUGAAUAUCGUCGUAAUUUCUUAAGUAAAAUACAAACAUCAAUCAGUUAUAGACUCCAUCUGGAAAGUGCUAAAUCGUGGAUAUACUUAUGUGUUAUGCAGUAUGCAAAAGUAUGUAGCUUCAGCUUUUACGAUUAUGUCACAUUUGAAAGAUUGAGUAUUCAGAAAACAAAGUAA